AUUUCCCGCGACCCUCCGAGCUUCCCUUGAACAAUGUCGGCUGUGGCGGUGGUAGAGACUCCCUGCGGUAAAGACGCUGUUGCCGAGGGUCUGCUUCAUCUGUUAAAACCGGCCGUUCAGCAGCUGGACCUGCACGUACACGCCGUCAGAGAGAGUCAAGUUGAGCUGCGGGAACACAUUGACAAUCUGGCUUCAGAAUUGUGCAGGAUCAAUGAAGACCAGAAGGUGGCGCUGGACCUGGACCCCUAUGUGAAGAAGCUGCUGAGCGCACGGAGGAGGGUGGUCCUGGUAAACAACAUCCUGCAGAACGCACAGGAGCGUCUCCGACGGUUAAACCAUAACGUUGCCAAGGAGACGGCGCGGAGGAAAACCAUGCUGGAGACUGCGGGGGCCUUCACCCCCCGAUCCCCGAGCAAAUAACACAGUCCGGGACCUAACCAACCCCCCUAUCACAUAGCAAAUAACAACACCCCCGCUUCAGCACCGCUUGGUACAGCCUAGGGCCUAACUCCCCCCCCCCCCCCCCCCUUGCACAGCUUGUACAGUCUAGGGCCUAAGAACUCCCCCCGUGCACAGCUUGGUACAGUCCAGGGCUGGCUCAUCAUUGUGAAAAAUGCUCCCAGUACCAAGAAAUUGUAAAACCAGUGCUUUAGCUUGUACUGUAAAAAUGCAAUAACCCUUUAGUUCCCUUUAUAAGCCUGUGCAAGAGAUGUGCAGAUGCACGCUUGAGGGAGAGUUGUCUUCAAACAUGCUUUACUAGACACACCAGCUCGGUAACUUGUGACAGCCACAUCAAAGCCUGGAACUGAUACAGCACUAGAAACCAAAAAUGAUGCCGCUGUACCACCCCCCCUGCUGGUCUCUACUCUGAGUGCAGUUACUGCCGUUGGCCAUUAGAGGGCAGCCUUGCCUUCCAGUGGAGAGCAGAAAGUUGUGAUUCUGCGCAGGAAAGCGUUUUCAGUGGGGUCCCCCAGGGAAGCAUGCAGGCAUGGGUUUAGUACCAGACCUCUGCAUUGGAUCUGCUAAACACAAUGCUAAGUAGGACCGACUUAUGUUGCUGAGACAUCACUGGAGACCAAGAAUGCAAGCAAAGCCUAGGAGAGAUCAGAGGUCAUUAGGUCAGGCCUCGUGGUUUUUUUAAACAGAAUUCUUCUGAAUUGUGACAGCGUAACCCUGCACACUGUGACCCUGUUAAUGAUAAUAAAGAAACUGUAUUGUGUUUAA